AUGCAAAUCAACCAGUUCCUCAUCGCCGUCCUUGGCUCUGCAACUUUGACCGCCGCCGCGUGUUUCCCUGGGGGAAGGGAGAGCAACUACAACCUCGACGGGGGUCCUCGUCUUGAUUUCGCCUGCGAAAAGUUGAUCGGAACCUUCGAGAAGAACGGAAAGAACACUAAGACCAUCUGCUACAUGGAUGACCUCCGUACAAGAUGGGAUUUUGAAUUGAGUUAUAUUGGAACUGAUGCCGACCGCACUAUUGAUCUGAACGAAUGCGUCGAUGGUAUGGCGAAAGAGGCAAGCUGCACCUACGGUGGUCGAAGGCGCUACAGCAACUGGGAGUACAUGGCUGAUCCGAAUGACGGCCCAUGCCCUGGUGCAUUCAGCAUGAACAGUACUCGCAUUGGUGUGAGCGAAUACGAUGGAGACUUUUGA